AUGCGUUGUCCUGAGAACCGAGAGCAGAAGACACAGCUGGAGAAGGAGAUAUCCCGCAGCCGCAUCCCCCGCCUGGUCCUCCGCCCGCAGCAGAAGGUCUCCCCCUCUUCCGAGUCUCCCUUUUCGGAAGAGGAGAGCCGGGAAUUCAACCCGCCCGGUUCCUCCGGCGGAAGGACGCUCAGCAGCAACAGCUUCUGCUCAGAUGACACUGGCUUUCCUAGUAGCCAGUCAGUAUCUCCAGUUAAGUCUCCUUCUGAUGCUGGAAACAGUCCAAUCAGUUUUUGCACUGGUAGCGAUGGACACUUCUCCAGGAAGAAAUUCAGUCCAGGGACAAUGAAUGAAGGGAACCCGCAGCUGGCUCGAUAUAAGAAGGAGACAAAGACAUGCCUUGUAAAGCCCGGAACUGAAGCCGAUUUUAGCUCUUCAAGCAGCACAGGCAGUAUUUCAGCACCUGAAGCCCGUGUGACUGCUGCUGGAAGCCAAAGAUCUUCUUUUUCUCGCAACAAACUUAAAGAAAGGGAAAUAGAAAUAGCAGAGCUCAAAGCUCAGCUGGGACGCACGAAGGAAGACUGGAUUGAAGAACAGUGUAAGCAUGUGGAGGGGGAUCUGGCCUUAAACGAAGCAAGAAGCAAAAUUAAACAGCUCGAGCAGGUUAUUGAAGCCAUGAAAAACAAUGCUGUUGAGAAAGACCAAAAAAUUCAGAAAUACUUCUUAGACAUCAGCAUUGAAAAUAAGAAACUGGAAUCUUUGCUGCAGAGCAUGGAAAUGGCUCAGAACAGCUCUGCGAUGGACGAGCAGUGCCUGCAGUACAGCUGUGACGCAGAGGGGAAGCCAUCAGCAUUGUGUGCCAUGAUGCCAGGCAGUCUCAUGGCAGGGGACCAAGCUCUGGAGGAGGUGGCAGAUAGCAGGCUGCUUCUUAGUGAGGACAUGCCUAAUGGGACUGAUUCAGCUGAAGAGAGUUUGAGCACUGCAGCUUCUGAGUGGAGUGAUCCCGCUCCCUCCAGUUCUGCUGUGAAGAAAGAGAUGCUCGACAGUGUUGCAGAUGAAAAACUGACUUCUUCCCGGGAGGAGGAGAAAAGCAGCAAUGUGAUGGUGGAACAGGCUGUCCAGACUGACGUGGUGCCAUAUAGCCUAGAUGUGGAGCAGCUCAUUCAGAACAUCUUCAGAGCUCGGGAUGCCUGUCCUCUAAGCCCACCUUCUUCACUGAAGGAAAUGGGUGAAUUUUGUCUUGGAAGCUUCAAUGAUUCUGGCAUCAUAAUGGAUUUAACUCCAAGUGAUCCAAACUCUGCCAUCCUUUUGUCUCCUGUGGAGUCUCCAUGCAGGAAGGUGGAGCACAGAGUUGGUGAAAACUAUUUCAUGAAAGAACUUGAUUUUACAGACCCUCAUGAUGAUGAAGCCUUUGGAUAUGUCAAUACUUGCUCUGAGGCAGGAAGAAAGAGGAGAUAUUGGAGCAGCAGUCUCCUCAGAGAUGUUCUGGCUGUAGCUGCCCCCGUUGUACCCACUGUCCUGUGGGGUUUCCAGAGAGGAGGAAUAGAUCCUAUUUACAAUAUUGGAGCAUUGCUUCGUGGUUGCUGCCUGGUAGCCCUGCACUCUUUACGCCAUACGCCCUUCAAUGUCAAAACUUAA